UACACCAUGGCGGUCGACGACUUUGUGAUGACACUGGACUCAGACGCGGAGGAAGAAUCGGCAGUGCCAGGGCCCAGCAGAACCGGCAAGUCGACAAUCCGGGAUGCGGAAGAUGCGCUGCUGAACCCGGAGUUCAGCUUUGACCUUUCUGGGGACCCUUACACCGAUCUGAGGAACGACGACACUGCAGACCUUGUUAAGAGUGGCUCAAAACCCGAACCUCUGUCAGUCGACGAGAUUAUUGCAAGGAGAAAGAGUCGAGCCAUCAGUCAGAAGAGGAAAAGAGAUGACGACUCUUCCGAAUCUGAGAGCUCGGAAUCAGAACCUGAUGAUGAACAAGAAGAGGAUGAGGACUCAGAGGAGGACUCAGAAGAGGAAAGUUUUGUCGGCUUAGAAGGCAAUGAAGAACAAGACGAUCUCUUGGCGAGCUCAGACGAAGAGGGGGAACGCGUGGAAGAGGAGGAGGAGGAGGAGGAAGAUGCCGAUUCUGACGACGAGGAAGACGAUUCAGCAGACGAAAGCGAAUCCGAAACACAGGCCGAGAAGGAACGCAAAGCUGCUUUCUUUGCCUCAGAUACUGGCCCUUCGGAGACACAUUCGACCUUCCUCUCCAUGAACCUCUCCCGGCCUAUACUCAAGGCAAUUACGUCUUUAUCCUUCCAUAAACCUACACCCAUCCAAGCUGCCACCAUACCCGUCGCACUCCUCGGUAAAGACGUUGUUGGAAAUGCUGUCACUGGGUCUGGAAAGACGGCUGCCUUCAUAAUACCCAUGCUAGAACGUCUGCUUUACCGAGAUAGGGCGAAAAAGUCCGCGGCGACUCGCUGUCUCGUUUUGGUGCCUACGAGAGAACUUGGGGUCCAGUGUUUCGAGGUUGGCACGAAGCUCGCAACGUACACGGAUAUCCGUUUCUGUCUUGCAGUUGGUGGUCUCUCCGUAAAAUCACAGGAGGCAGCUCUUCGUAGCAAGCCAGACGUUGUCAUUGCUACUCCGGGCCGUCUCAUCGACCACCUGCGUAACUCACCGUCCUUCAACCUCGAUGCGCUGGAUAUCCUGGUUCUAGACGAAGCCGAUCGCAUGCUCUCUGACGGGUUUGCUGAUGAACUCGCCGAAAUCAUCAAGUCUUGCCCGAAGUCACGACAGACGAUGCUGUUCUCAGCCACAAUGACCGACUCCGUCGAUGAACUUGUCAAGAUGAGCCUGGACAAGCCGGUUCGCCUCUUCGUCGAUCCGAAACGGUCGACCGCGAAGGGCCUCAUACAAGAAUUCGUUCGAGUACGGGCGGGCAAAGAAUCGGAACGCUCCGCGAUCCUGGUCGCUUUAUGCAAGCGCACGUUCAAGUCCGGUGUCAUCAUCUUCUUCCGCAGCAAGAAGCUGGCACAUCAGAUGCGCAUCGUCUUCAGCCUGUUGUAUAUGAAGUGCGCGGAAUUGCACGGUGACCUCACCCAGGAGCAGCGGCUCAAAGCUUUGCAACAAUUCCGAGAUGGAUCGGUUGACUUCCUUAUGGCCACAGACCUUGCGUCCCGCGGUUUGGAUAUCAAGGGCGUGGACAUCGUGAUCAACUACGAUAUGCCUGGACAACUGGCACAGUAUCUGCAUCGAGUAGGUCGUACGGCUCGUGCAGGCAAAAAGGGACGAUCAGUGACGCUCGUUGGGGAAGCGGACAGGAAGAUGCUUAAGGCAGCCAUCAAGCAUGGUGCCGGUGAUGAUCAAGUCCGCCAUCGCAUUGUCCCCUCUGAAGCAAUCUCGAAGUGGUCCGAGAAGCUGGAGUUGUUGAAGAAGGAGAUCGCCGAAGUUCUCGAGGAAGAGAAGGAAGAGAAGCAGAUGCGACAAGCCGAAAUGGAAUUGAAGAAGGGAGAGAACAUGAUGGAGCAUAGUGAAGAAAUAUAUUCUCGGCCGGCCAGGACAUGGUUCCAGAGCGCCAAGGAUAAAGCAAAGGCGGAAGCCGUGAGCAAGCAACAAUACGAGACCGGCUUCCCGUCGACAGCAACAGCGAAGGUUAAGCGGAAAGACGAGGACAAACCAAAGCGCGAUAAAUUCUCCGGUUUGACUCGUCGCGCCAAACGUCGAAAGAUGGCGAUGGAGGAAGAAACGGAGAGUGGAGAACGCCCUGCCAUCGCAGCCUCGAUUCGAUCGGCAAAGAAAGCGCAGCGACCUGUCAAGAUAGGCGAAGCCCAGCCCAAGUUGUCCGACAGAGCGCGUGAGAAGAAGGCGCAGAAAAAACGAGCUGCCCGCCGCCGAAGCGGCGGCUUCGAUCAGGAGCUAGGUCAGAAAGGAUCCCGGAAUGAGGGAGUGCGGGCCCACAAGGGCGAUAAAAUUGGGGGCAUGGGUAAGAAAAAGGGAGGGAAACGCAAGGGGAAAUGAUCCGGUCGCCAGCCACCCGCUAGCGCAGGCCUUCUUGUCUUGCCGCGAGGUAUAGUACUAGCUAACAAACACGACACCGAAAUCCAGCAAACUUCUGUGGUUCGGUUGGAGUAGUCAUGUCAUAUUGCUUCGAUUCAUCGCAAAUGACAGGUAACAACGCGUUGAUGA